AUGGCCAGCGUACCAGCUACAAACGGAGCAGCUGGGGAAAACGGAUCAACAAAUAUGUUAAACAGUGAUAUAAGAUACGACAAAAAUAAUGAUGAAAAUUACAAAAAGUUAAAAGAAGACAAAAAGAGGUUAAAAAAAGAAUUAUUAAUUAAAGAUAGCGAAAUAAAUAGCUUAAAGAAAAUAUUGGAGGAAAAAGAUAAAUCUACAAAAGUAAAUUACAUUCCUUUGAAUGAAGCUAGAAAAAUAACGUAUAAAGCGUUAGUAAAAGGAUCAGCAGCACAAAAAUUUAUUCAUUUAAUAGAAAGUAAUAGUAUAAAUUUUAAAUUAAAAAAAAAAGCUAUAAACCAAUUGGUACUUAAUGCCUUUGGAGAUAUGCAUCAUCAGAAAAAUAGAUACCCUGAAAUUUUAAAGUAUACAGAUUCUCAUUUUAAAUUAUUUAGACAAGAACAAUUAAUUUUAUUAGCUGAAAAUGAAAGGCUCACAUUACAAAUGAAAGAAUUAAAAAAACAACUUCUAGACAACAAAAUAGAAUAUUUUAAAAGGAAUGAAAAGAACCUAAUUAGUACUAUGAAAAGAAGUGCAAUAGACAAGGGAAAAAAAACUUCAAGUUGUAAUUAUACAGGGGAUGAUAACUAUGUCGAAUUAGAUGCAGAUAUUGUAGAAAAAAAUUUUAUUAAUUUAAUAAAGAACUUCAAAAUUGCUCAAUUAAAAUUAUUAUUUUAUGCAUUCAGAAAAUUAAGCAAUAAUUUAUAUUACAAUUCUGAUGCUGUAAAUAUUAAUGCCAGUUUUAUUUCUUCACUUAAAAGAGGUGUCGAGAUCUUAAACAAUAUUUUAAAAUAUAAAAAAAUUGUAAUUAUAUCAAACUCGUUUUAUAAAUUAUUAAGUUAUAAUGAUAGUAAUUUCCUAUAUAAUAAUAAUAGGAAAUAUUCUUACCUUACUAAUAUUAAUCAUUACACUAAAAAUGACUAUACUUGUGAAAAUAUAAAAAAAAAAAGUCACGGCAUAUCUAAUUUUGUGUUUAAACCAUAUUAUUAUGAUAAUUUACCUAGUGCAACAUAUGAUGUAAAAAAUAAAAGAUGUACAUUAAACAAGUUGAAGAAAAACUGCAUAAUACGAGAUAUAUUAAGUAAUGAUGAUGCGGUUGAUGAAACAAUAUAUGACCCAUUUUUUUUUCAAAAUAAAAUAUUAAAUAAUAGUACUGCUACUACCAAUGCCUACCAUAAAAUUUACAAAAAUUCGUACUUCGAUUUAGGACUUGAUAAGAACAAUGAUAAUUCUGAAAAGCGCUCUUAUUAUAGUGAUCUAGAUUACUUUGGCGAAUUCAGCACAUACGACAAGGAAAAGUUUAUUGAUAUGUUCAUAUCUGAAACGUCUAGGAGAUGA